GUCUGCCUACUCAAGGUGGGAGAAAGGAUUGAUCGGAAAUCAUGGCAUCGCCGCCGGCUGACCAAUCGACGGGCGUCGGAGCCCUUUUCUCUACCUAUUCCAAUCAACUAUGGAGCCGCCUUGCCACUUUAUUACCGUCCUCGACCCCCAAAUUUCUUGGGAUAUUUAAUAAUCCCAACCGCCAAACAAGUCCGGCUCGAUAUCGCAGUCGGAGAACGUCGCUCCCUCUUCCAUUACCAUAUCCCUCUCUUGGUUGCAGUUUUGAAGCAUCCAAAUUUUCUAAGGUUUUUGAGGCCCUGGAAGACAUUUUGGAGAUUGUAUUUUUGAAUCUGCACAACAUUCAAAAGAACUUGCAGUUCUGGCAAUCUAAAGCAGAGGGAUCAAAUGCUCAGAAAAAGUACUUUAUGAUCUUUGAGAGAGGGCCAAAGGCAUUUGUUCAUGAAACAUAUCAGCUUCUACAUGAUGUUAUUGUUGAAAAUUCUAGCACUCAAAGUCUUUCUCAGUCUGCCUCUACUCAUAUAUCCGUGAGGAUAUCUAUCUUAACCAGCUUAAGAUAUCAUCUGGCAACUUUUCUGGCACAGUUCUAUAUGGAGAUUGAUAGAUUCGGGGAGGCUUUUGUCGAGGAUGAUGAGAAAUCUUUACUCUCAUUAUUUGUAGCCCUUGAUGGAUUAUUUUCACAAUUGGAAGCAUCAAUAAGUCUUCUCCCAGUGACUAGUCAAGGGGGUAUAUCUAGUGACGGGAGCUUUUCAAUCCCUUUGACAUUUGGAAAGCUGUCAGAGGUGAAUCAUGAAGGUUCCCAAUGGACGGAAUGUGAGAUUAAAGACAUUGUCACGAGGAUUUAUGAAAACCUAAACAAGUUGGACUCACAUUUGUCAGGAAUUGUUGCCAAGCACCGAAAACCAAAGAAAGUUACUCUGUACUGGAUGCAUUACACGUGUGGAGCUAUAGGUGUUUCACUCUGUUCAAUAUGGCUCCUACGCCAUAGCAGUAUAAUGGGAAGUCCUGACAUUGACAAUUGGAUUCAUGAGGCUAAAGACUCAACAAUGGUUUUCUGGACUGAACACGUUGAACAACCACUUUCAGCAAUAAGAGAUGAACUUUUUGAGACAUUUAGAAAGAGACAUGAAGGUGAGAUGGAGCUGGAAGAAGUACAGUUAACUGCAAACUCUCUACACAGAAUGUUACUAGCCUUUGGUGAGCAGACUAAAGGUCAAAAAUUACCUGAAAAUGCAUCAGAUCAGGAAAUGAUGGAAAUUGUCAUGGCCAGAUAUGAGAAGGAACUGAUGCAUCCCAUCCAGAGUCUUGUUGGUGGAGAGCUUGCCCGAGCUUUGCUUAUCCAGAUUCAGAAGCUGAAACUUGAUACUGAAACGGCAAUGCUUGAACUGAAUCAGAUUCUCAGGGCUAACGAAAUUAACUUUGCAAUUCUCGCUGCUCUACCAGCUUUCUUCCUCUCCGUUGGUCUGCUCAUGUUAGUGCGUGCUUGGUUGAAGCAGGAUACUAGAGCAGAAGGACAGGGAAGAAUUGCCAGAAUUCAAAGGAGGCUACUAAUAGUGGAAGUUGAGAAAAGAAUCAUGCAUUUUCAAAUUUGUGUUGAUAGAAGGAUGGAAAAAGAUGCUGAAUACAUGUAUGGAUUGGUUUUAUAUAGUCUAGAUCGGUUAUACCAUGCUGUGGAGAGGCAUGCCAAGGCAGCAGGAGAAUGGCCGUGUUUAAGACAAGAUAUAGUCGAUUUGGCGAAACCAGGCUUGAAAACUGAACACAAGUUCAUUAUCACGUCGCGAUUGGAACGUGUUUACGACUGCUUGCUUCCUUCGUCAAAGCGCUCUUAGUUUUUUCCUUUAUUCGAGAGAGAAUAGGAGAUUGAUUGUUGUUAAUCAGAGGGGCAGCAAAAGCAAUGUGUGUUCAAGCCGGACAUUUAUUCUGCCUGGAUUUUGGCAGUAAAAUUGUGUAUCUGUAUUCUGGAAAAGGGGUUCUUAUGCAUACGGCAGCUCCUGCAAUGUAACUAACAAAUUUUGGAACUUAACUUUCAAUGUGAUCUUUUCCACCUUCUUUU